CUGCGGUCACAUCGUCAUUCAAGUGCCGUCGUUUGCUCCAACAAUAAAACGCUUUGGAGCCGUGUGUUUUGUAUGUUGUUAUACUAGAAAAAGUGAAAAGCUCGCUCGCAAACCAUGUUAAGACUUGAACGCAUUUUAAUCAAUUAACGCGCCGCCUUAGUAAAUAUAUGGUGGCUUUUAAUUGUAGAGUCACAGUUCAAAGUUGUCAGUGAAAAACCCUACAUACCAUUCAUCAUAUUUAUAUAGGUGCGUGUGUACAUAUGUAUGUGUGUGAGUGCGCGUAUGCAAGUGCAGCUGCCGUUUGUAAGUAAAUUUUCGCGUGUGUGUGUGCGUACGUGCAUGUUGGAAACGCAAUUUUGGCAGCAGAUUCUUCAGCAGCUACAACAUCAGCAUCAUUAGAACACAAAAUUUAAGUGCAUUUUAUACAUGAAUGAUCGCAAAACUUAAAUAGAAUACUGUGUGCAGCGUGCCAGCAGAGAUGACGUAAACGACAACAACAACAACAACAACAACGAUAACAACGACAAAGAUAACAACCACAACAACAACAACAACAACGACGGCAGAAACGAGUCGAAUCGCUUCACUUUCCCCUCUGGCAUCUAAUCUCUGUAUCUCUGUAUCUGCAUCGAGCUGUCUUUUGGCAUUGUUAAGCAAAGCGAAACGAAAACGAAACUGAAAUCAUAUUCUAUAUAGAAGUCGGUCGUCUAUAUAGACUUAGCUGUUAGGCAUGAGGCCGUUGGUGUUAUCGCUGGAGUGCAAUCGAGCCGCAACGUUGCCAAUUUUAUUGCUUGCUUUGCUACUGGCGGCGGCUGCGAAUGCCGAACGGGAUUUCAAUGUGAAUGACUCACAGGUGCCGGUCAUAGAGCCGAAAGAGGCGCCCGCCUACAAGCAGGAGCCCUAUGUGACGGACCUAAUGCGCUGCCAGCAGGCACAGUCCGAGAUUGUGCUCUCGCUGCUGCUGCGCAAGCAGGAGUGGAGCGAGCUGAGCGUCGCCAAGCGCAUGCAUGUCCAGGCCAAGCUGGCCAAGUUCUUUGCCAUACCCAAGGAAUUCAUUACGCUGGAUUCGGUGACGAAGCGGGAGCUGGGCAACAUGCAUAAGCUGGCCAUGCGCAAGGGCGGCAAGGGUCAGAAGCAUGUGGACACUGCGAAUCGCCGGCUGGGACGUGCCAGCUUUAUGAUCGGCUGUGGUUCGAGUUACUUUAGCAUGGGUGAGCCCAUAGCCAAGCAGAUUGGACAUCAGAUCAAGGAUGGCACCAUAGGCGCACUGACGGAGGAGAACUUUGGAUUGUGGUUUAUUUGGCGCAAGGAAUUGAAGUCCAGAUCGCGGCGUAAGCGCAGUGAUGCAGAGGGUAGCGGCCUUGAAGAAGACUAUGACUAUGGAGAGGAUGACGAGGAGCAGACGCCUGAACUGGUUACGGUUUUGCCCACAUCGCAUGCACAUCGACAUCACCAUGGCGUGUCGGAGCAAGAGGAGAACGCUGGCUCCGUCUCUACAUCGUCGGCUUCAUCGUUGCCCGCGAACAAAUUGGACGAGGAAAUCGAAGAGAGCGUCUCCAAAUUGGAGUCGGUCAUUAGCAAGACCAUUGAGAACACGAAAAAUAUUAAGGAUCCGGUGCUCAGUGUCGACGAUGAGGUCGAUGACGUUGAGGAAGUUGAGCUGCCACAGCUGGGCUCCCAGACGCAGCAGCUGGGCGUACCCGCCGCGCCGGUGAUUGUGGAGCCUGAAAAUGAGCUUGGCAAUGAGCUGGAACUCAAGCCGAGCAUCGUCGAGCAGCAGCUGGAGCAGGAGCAGGAGCUGCCAUUAACCACAACCGCUACAGCUGGCAGCAGCUCCAUGGCAACGGUAAACGUUGCAGCUGAAGAUGCUGCCGACAACAACAACAACAACAACCAGGUUGACACUGCGGCCAACGCUGUUGAUGUAGCUGAGCACACUGCAACGAGCACCUCACAAACGACCACUAACCACAACAACAACAACAACAACAACAACAACAACAACAUGAACAUCAACAACAAUAACUUAACACCUGCUACACCAGGCACCUCUCUGCCAGCGUCGUCGUCCGCUCAUCCCCAACCGUCUGAAUCAUUUUCACCAUACGAUGCCAGCUCCACCAUGUCCCAGUCCAACCUUUACACAUCCUCAUCCCCAGCGAUUGCAGCCACAAUUGAAACUGUCGAAUCGUCUGCCCCCAGCAGCAGCACCGGCAGCAAUCCUGUUGCUCCUGUCAUCAUAACCUCCACCUCAGUUUCGUCGAGCACAGCAAGUGUCAUAGACUUUGAUAUGGCUAAUACUCUCACAACAAUAACAACAACCGAAACUUCGUUAUCAUCAUCAUCGUCAUCAACACCUUCAUCAUCGUACCCCACAACUUCAUCAUCGUCAUCAUCAACAACAAUUGCAACUAUGCCAACAACAACAACAACAACAGCAACAACAACAACUACAACACAAUCACAAACGCCAAAGACAAAUGCAAAUGUGCUUGAGCCAAGCACCUGGCUGACUACAACGGAUGUGGCUGAUGCGGAUGCGGAUGGGGAUGUGGCUGCCACCACAACGCCGCGUACAACGCUGGCCGAGAUCGAGUUGCUCGAAUUGGCCACCACGACGCACAGCACGCUUUCGAUUAGCCCUAAGGCAGCGGAUGCUGUGGACGCACUCGAAGCCGCCAGCAAUAGCAGCGUGCCCAAUCUGGCUAGCAAUGAGCUGGCAACAGCAGCGACGACACGACAGCCGCAGCUGGAGGCGGUGAGCACCUCGACGGAGGCCUCCACGGAUUAUGUGGAGCCACGGCAGGAGAACAGUGUGCCGAUCAUUAAAAUGCGCCUGCAGAAGCUGGCCGUGACGUCCGGCAAGGCAUUCAGUUUUAUUGUGCCCGAGGAAACGUUCUACGAUGCCGAGGAUCAGACCAAUCUGCGCCUGGAGCUGACCGAUAAGGAUGGCCACGAGCUGAAGCCCACAUCCUGGCUGCAAUUCAAUGCGGAUAAACGUGAACUCUACGGCAUCCCAUUGGAUGACACCGUGUCGCGUUGGCAGUAUCGUCUCUCGGCUACCGAUUCCGGCAAUUCCAGCGUUACGGAAACUGUGGAGAUUAGCGUGCAACAGCAUCGGGCGGUGCGCACCAUCAAUCACGAGAUCAGCAUCGCUGUGCGCAUCAAUGAGAAGCAUGGCAACAACAUUGACUGGCAGCUGAAGCUGAUCAGGGCUGUUGCCCACACGCUGGAGGAUGGCGGCAGCUCGGCGCUGGUGGUGCGCGAGAUACGGCAGACCCUGCAGGAGCCGCAGAGCGCAGUGUUUGUGUACUUCAAUGAGACGCUGCCCACCAGUGAAUGCCCCGAGGCGGAGUUGAAUGAGCUGGUGCGUCGCCUGGACGUGCAGCGUUUGAAUGAUCUGUUGCAGCCAUUGCUGAGCAUCAAGUCCAUAACGGGUCAGCUCAUUGGCACUUGCCAGAAGACAGAGUUAACCAAGAUAAAGCCCACCACUCAUAUGGCCAAGAACUUGCCGCCGAUGCCGCGCAACCAGGUGGAUCGAGUGAAUGCCUCCGUUGGCCAGCUGCUCGUGUAUAAGGUGCCCAGCGAUACCUUCUACGAUCCGAAUGAUAACGAGCUAACGCUCUCGCUGAAGACGAAGGACCACAAAGAGCUGAGCACACGCUACUGGCUGCAGUUCGACUCCAAGAAUCAGGAGUUCUAUGGCAUACCCAAGGGCGGCGACUUGGGCUCCGAGGAGUACCUGCUCGUUGCCGAGGACAGCGGCGGCCUCACUGCCAACGAUGCGCUCGUUGUCGUCGUCAAUAACAUGCCCAAAAGGGAGUACGCCAUACUCUAUAAGGCAUACCUGGCCAUACGCCACGAGAACUUCAAUGCGGAGCUGCAGCGUAAAUUUGUGGAGCGCAUUGCGAGGCUGCAUGGCGAUGCCAACACCAAUCAGAUUGUUGUGCGCUCGAUUACCACGCACCACGACUCCGACGGCACAAUUGUCAACUUCUACAAUGCCUCACUGUACAAGACGCACAAUCGCUGUCCCGACGCCGAAAUGGCUGCCACGCGCAGCAUCUAUCUGAACAGCGACAUGAUGCCAAGUGCCAGUGUCAAGAAGGCAUUGGGGCCGGAGCUGAAUCUAACCAACUUUACGGUUGUGCCCUCUGCCGCAUGCCAUCAUUCGGAGAAUAGCGACAUUACCCAGCACGAGUAUAUUCCACCGCGCAACAAGGAGCCGAGUCUGAAGCCCAGCUUCCCACAGGAAUAUCUAGCCACAUUUAUAUUGCCCGCCGUUAUUAUUGUGGUCAUGGUUCUGCUGGCCUCCAUCAUAGCCUGCUGUUUGCAUAGACGCCGUCAUAAGAGCGGCAAAAUGGAAUUAGGCGAUGAGGAGGAACGCAAGUCGUUCCGCACCAAGGGCAUACCCGUCAUCUUUCAGGACGAGCUCGAGGAGAAGCCCGAAAUAGGCAAUAAGAGCCCUGUUAUACUUAAGGACGAGAAGCCGCCGCUGUUGCCGCCCUCGUACAAUACCUCCAACAUGAAUGGCGACAACGAUGUGGAUGAGUAUGUGCCACCGCCGGCUGUGGUGCUCGGUGGACGCGAGGUGCGAGGGAAAUCACCGGCAACGCCCUCCUACCGCAAGCCACCGCCAUAUGUUUCGCCAUAAAUGAGGGAAACGGCAGCAGCAACAUCAGCAACAAUAAAAGCAGCAACAACAACAA